AUGUGUUUGUCUUUGCAGAGUACUGGUCAAGAAGAGAAGCCACCAGUGACUACAGUAUUUGUUGGUAAUAUCAGUGAGAGAGCUCCAGAUGCCAUGGUCAGACAGAUGCUCUCUAGGUGUGGCAAUGUUAUAAGCUGGAAGAGAGUUCAAGGCGCCUCAGGGAAAUUACAAGCAUUUGGGUUUUGUGAAUAUGAAUAUCCAGAAGCCACUUUACGGUGUAUAAGACUACUGAAUGAAUGGGCAAUAUGCGGCAAAAAAUUAGUGGUGAAAGUAGAUGCUAAAACCAAAACAUUACUGGAAGAAUAUAAAGAGAAGAAAAAGAAUUCCAGCAAAGAGGAGAAGGAGGAGGGAGAAACGACAGACGAUGUGGAUGAAUUUUCUCAGAGAGAAGACAGAGUUGCGAAGGCAGGCCUGGAUGCCAUUAUGAGGGAGUAUGCCAGGGAGUUGAACAAGGAACCAGAGCCCUCGGUUAAACCAGAAGAGAAAAAAGAAGACAUAAAAAAGAAAGACCUGAAAGAGAAGGAUAAGAAAAAAGCUGAUCAGGGGCUUGAAGAUCUAGAAAUGGAAGAUGAUAAAAAAGAUCUCAUCAACAAAGAAAUAAACAAAUUCCGCGACUUACACAAGGUAGGACACAGAUAAGAAUUCAUUCAAAGUUAACUAUGAUUUAAUUCUGCUUCCUCUUCCAGUGCUCAACUUGUUGAAAAAUUCAUUCAAACACUGUAUCCCAAACAUGUACAG